CAUCCAUGGGAUUUUUCAGGCAAGACUACUGGAGUGGGGUGCCAUUGCCUUCUCCACUCAAAAAACGAUACUAUAAAACCAAGUGUUGAGCAAUACAGAACCCUUGUCACAGACUUUUCCAACCUGAGGAGCAGAUUCCUGACUUUGUAGGUCAAGAGGCUUGGCCUUUAUCACUCAAAAGAAAUGGAAGAGGCAUCAAAGACCCACUUGAUGUACUGUCAGAGUUGCAAGAGUGCUUGGGAAUCAUAUUAGCAUUUUUGAGGACAUGAGUCUGCCUCAGACUCUUUAUAAACACAGCUUGACUCAACCACUCUAUGACUGGCAUCCUUGGAACAUGCAGUGGAUACUGUUCUUUGGGGCCCUUAUUGGGUCUGGCAUCUGUGACCAAGAAACAUUCUCUGGGCACCAAGUUUUCAGAAUUAACGUCAGAAAUGAAGAUGAGAUCAGCAAACUCAAUCAGCUAAUGAAUUCAGACAACCUUAAGCUCGACUUGUGGAAAUCUCCCUCUACCCUCGGUCAUCCUGCAGAUGUCCUGGUCCCUUCUUUCAGUCUGCGGGAAGUCAAAUCCUUCCUGGAGGACCAUGGCUUAGAGUACUCAGUGACUGUUGAAGACCUGCAGACCGUUUUAGAUAGUGAAGACCGAAAACUGCAACGCAAUGUACGCCAAGAACUGAGCAGUAAUUGCUUUAACUAUGGGGCCUAUCACACCCUGGAAGCUAUUCACAAAGAGAUGGACUUCAUUGUCAAAUCCUAUCCUCGCUUGGUGAGCGCGGUGAAGAUUGGGCAUUCAUUUGAGAACCGGUUGAUGUAUGUACUGAAGUUCAGCACUGGAAAAGGCAGCCGGCGGCCGGCCAUUUGGCUGAAUGCAGGCCUCCAUGCCCGUGAGUGGAUCGCACCUGCCACGGCAAUCUGGAUUGCGAGAAAGAUUGCAUGUGAUUAUGGGAGAGAUCUGGUCAUCACCUCCAUCUUAAAGAAAAUGGAUAUUUUCUUGUUGCCGGUGGCCAAUCCUGAUGGAUAUGUGUACACUCAUACUCACAACCGAUUAUGGAGGAAGACACGGUCUGUAAAUCCUGGAAGCACCUGCAUUGGUACUGAUCCAAAUAGAAAUUGGAAUUCUCAUUUUGGAGGAGCGGGAACCAGUAGGGACCCUUGCUCUGACAUGUAUCAUGGACCCCAUCCCCAUUCAGAAGUGGAGGUGAAAUUGGUGGCAGAUUUCAUUGCACAUCAUGGGGACUUCAAAUGCUUCAUCGACCUGCACAGCUACUCCCAGCUGGUGAUGUAUCCAUAUGGCUAUAUGACUAUGAGAGCCGGGGAUGCUGAUGAACUGGAUAUAGUGGCGCAGAAUGCAGCCAAUGCUAUGGCUUCCUUGUCGGGCACUCAGUACCGAGUGGGUUCUGUCGGCUCCACUCUCUAUGCAUCCAGUGGGAACAGUGUUGACUGGGCAUAUGAUAAUGGCAUCAAGUAUGCGUUCACUUUUGAGUUGAGAGAUACUGGUUUCUAUGCCUUCACUCUGCCAGCCGACCAGAUUAUCCCCACUGCACAGGAGACCUGGCUGGGGCUGAAGACCAUCAUGGAGCAUGUGCAGAACAAAAUCUAGAAGAGAGCCUUGUUCUGUCUACAUUUUAUAUUGUCUUGUCCACACAGACACAGAGGCCAUUAUUAAAGAGAGCUUACUCCUUCACACGUGAGUCGGAGUCUUCUGGCUUUGUAGAGAACACAGGUCAGCCACCUGCCAGCCCCCUUCCUUGUAGUUUGUGCAUUCUGGCCGUGUGCUGAGAGAAGCACUUCUGCCAGCCUGCUGUGUUUUGGUUCUGCUGUUUCACUGAGCCGUCUGUAUG